UGUGUGAUUAUUUUAUGUGACCCGGUAUACCUAAUAGGUAUUGGUACAUUUAAUAAAUAUCACAGGGUAUGAGGAUGUAGCAGUAUGAACGUGCCGGCAGCCGCGGCGCUUGUUCUAGCCGCGCUCGCCGCUCUGCCUUGCCGAGGCACCGACGCAGACUCUUCAAACAACUCUAAAACUCACAACCACACGGAAAGUUGGCAACCUACUAUCAACAAAGUUUACCAAAUGCUUCACACGCCAGACGUACUCAACCAGACGUCUAACGACCCUUUUAGCUCUACUUUUAAAAAUAAAAUAAAUUACACAUGUUGUCGUGAAAGUGAUAAUUUUGAAGCUCAAUUUGUACAUAAUGGGAUAGAUAAAAGGAAUAAGAAAAGAGCUGUUAAUGUGAUAAACGCUGAUUUUGAGACGACGACAGUUGUGAUGCCCAGUCCGCCUUUGAUGACAGAGAGACGUCAAAGGAAAUACGGGGAGACAGGUUCAAACGCGCCGCUUUUGAACUACAUCUUCGAUACGUACUCGAACACGCAUCACCACAAGAACGAUAGCAGGCCUGGCAGCGGGAAUGGGAUCUACACGGCGGCCGCGCCAGAAAUAGAAGCUCUUGUAGGUUCCACCGCCAACCUGGAUUGCAAAGUCGACGCUUUGCACGACAAAGUGGUAUCCUGGGUACGAAGAAAAAACGAUCAAGAACCUAUGGAACUGUUAACCACUGGUACACAACAAUACACAGCUGACGAUAGGUACUCAGCACGUUUCAUCCCUCCAGACAUCUGGAGACUGCAGGUGAAGGAGGUCAGGCCUACAGACGCGGCCUUCUAUGAUUGCCAAUUGUCGGCGCACCCGCCUCGCACCGCGCGUGUCACUUUGCGAGUACCGGAAGUCUCAGUGCGCAUAGUGGACGGCGCAGGCGCGAAGGUAUCAGAGCAAGUGUGCGAACUUGGAAGCACUGUGGCGCUGCGGUGUGAGGUGCGAGGGCUAAAGAUGGAGGGAGGACCCUCCUUGCUGUGGUUCCGAAGAGAUACCCUGCUUAAUGAUGACACCACGAGGGGAGGAAUCAGUGUUCGCACCGAAUUCGGGCUGAACGGCGCGAACUCCGUGCUGCGCGUGGCGCGCGUGCGCGGAGACGACGCGGGCCGCUACACGUGCAGCGUUGCGCGCGCGCCGCCCCCCCCCGCCCCCCGCGCAGGUCAUACUGCACGUCAUCAAAGGAGAAAGCCUAGCGGAGCUCCACCAAGGGGGUACAGCGAAAAGCGCUAUCGCAUACGCCGCUCUCGUGGCCUCGGCGCUUCUGCUCUUGCUUGUCUAGUUGUAAUUUAUUUAUUAAUAAAAUGUUCAAUUAUAAAUGUGUUUUUUUCCUUGAGUUCUGAAUCUGGUAAAAUUAACCGUGCAAUUCUACUGAAGCCUAUUUAA